AUGCUGAGCUUGUCCCUGACGCUAUCCUUGUGUGUGACACCGCCGUGCUGCGGUAACGGUGUGGAGCGCAACAGGUGUAAAUCUGCUGAGGGUGCGGGACCGGUUCUUGGGACGAUCGAUGGUGCACUGGCGUGGGCUCCGCCCGACCUCGGUGGCUGCUGGCGGGGCGGCAUGCUCGACAACAGAGCAUGCUGCAUAGCCUGUUGCGCGGUCUUGGUAAACGCCGCUGUGUGCGUCCCACUCGACAAUGGCGGGCAUUUUGGCUUACGUGAAGACGUUUCUGAUGUCUGUAAGGGCGGUUCCACCUUUUCCACUUUGUCGAUGAUGGAGGUGUCGAAGUCGGGUCUUGUAAAGCUGCGGGAAGGUCUCGCGCACGUCCGGGAUGUCCAGCAGCUGCCUGGCGAACCAGGGGUAGUUAGCGAUUGCGGUUUCGAACUGCGAGAGCGCGAUGCUGCCAAACUGGAACAUUUUGGAGGACUUGCCGCGCCUCAGCGCCUCGAGGAUACAGCGAAGGGCGAGCAUGAGCAGGUUGCCGUUCGAGGUGAGCAGCCCCUCCUUGAUCAUCUUGCCGAAGAGCUCAGCGGUGAUGGCGAGCUCCUGUACGGGGUACUUGGGGAAGAAUCUGCACUCGUUGAAGAGUAUGGCGAGCAUGGUGCGAUAAGUUUCCUUGUUCCGGGAGGUGGAGGGGCAGGCGUCGAAGCGCUGCAUCACUUCUAUCAUCUCGUCGGUGCUGACGUUGGCGACAUAGAGGUUGUAGAAGUACUUGUUGACCCUCUCUUCCUCCGUCAUGUUUUCGGCCUCUUCCAGGUACUGCAGGACACUGGUCCGCGAGGCCGGUGUGUGGGCCGCGGCCACCAUGGUGUCUUCGUGUCGUGA